AUGGAAUAUCUGCCAUCGGUAUUCGACGGCCUCGCCAUAACCUCGUCUACAGAUGAAGAAGCAAAAGGUUCAGCGCAGAUCAUAUCGGUACCUGUGGAUCCAAAUUUGAGUCCUCUCGAGCCGCAGGAUAAUUUGCGCAAUGUAGGAGUCCUCGAAUUACUCGAAUCGGACGAGAGGGCAGUUUUUAUACUUGACCUCACGAAACUCGAUGAGACAACGCCAAUAUAUACGAAUCCGCGGUUAAAGGAGUUACAAGUUCUAGGGAGCAAAGUUGGGGAAUCCCUUGACCUGGAUGUGGCUACGAAAGACGAAAAGCAUCGGGAAUUUUUAGAAUGGGCAGGGGAAAAUUUCAGCGAUGGAAAAUUACCCGUAACACUAUAUUGUGGAGCCCUCUCUGGAAUCUCAACUGGAGGAAUAUCGACUUCAUCGGGAAGAUACAAUAUCAAUAUUUCCGCCAGCACAGGAACCGAUCACUUUGAAAGAGGAUCUUGCAGUGGGGUGUACCACACUUGGUCCAUUCGAUAUAUUCGCACCAGACACCAUAGUAGAGUUGUCACCCCAUGUAGUUACAAUCCUGUAUUCGACACCACGAGACAGGUAGUUGCAGAUCGCAGAAUGCUAUUUCUGUUACGACUUGGGCAAUUCAUUGCUUCAUCUCGAGAACCCAAGGACUUUUGGCAGCAGCUUCUGCGUGGACUUGAACCGGAUCAUCCAGACUUACCGUUUGCUUUGUUAUAUUCCGCUGGUAACGAUGUUAAUGAAACACUCUCGGAAUCAUCAGCGUCAAGUCAUAACUGUAAUUGGGUGUUGGAAGGCACUGUAAGAGUCCCUGGUGGUGACAAAACCGUGCCGAAGCAUAUCAAUUCUCAAAACCCCAUGGAAGAAUUUCUACCAAGUUUCAGUGACCUUGUUAAAUCAGAUUCGCCUACGCUUUUACAUCGAAAAGAUGGUACUAUCCCUGCAUCCUUGACCACAGCUCUUCAGGGCACACUUGCUUGGGAUACAGUUGUCUUCUUGCCAAUCAGAGCAACCACCGAGAAUGUUCUCGGCUUUCUUAUUUUUGGACUCAAUGCUCGACGGAAAUACGAUGAUGACUAUAGAUUAUUCAUACAAUUACUCAGCCGACAACUAGCCACCUCGAUGGCCGCGGCAGUACUCGUUGAAGAUGAGAUUCAACGUGGUCGUAUGGCUGCCGAACAUGCUUAUCAAGAUCGGAAUCGACUUUCAAGGAAGCUUGAGAUUCAAGCUCAUGAAGCCUCAGAAAUUGAAAGUCGAUUUAGAAGGAUGGCUGAUCUUGCCCCUGUCGGAAUGUUUCAUAUCGAUGCUGAGGGAAGGUUACUCUAUGCUAACGAAGUUUAUUAUAAUUUAACGGAACACAAGAGAGAUGUCAAUACUCCCAUGAGCAUGUAUGAUGUAGUCAUGGAGGAAGAUUGGCCCAUAAUGGAUGCACAAUGGAAAAAGCUUAUGGCCGGCGAACCUGUCUCCUUUGAAAUUCGGUUACGAGCACUUUUUAAGGGUGCUGAUAAGAUUGGUGAUGAAGAAAUUGAUGGCGCAAUUUGGAUAAUACAAGCUGCAUAUCCUGAAAAGGCAGAUGAUGGUAAGGUCGUUGGUGUUUUAGGUUGCUUGACGGAUAUUAGUCGACAAAAAUGGGCAGAGGAUUUCCAGAAACGAAAAAUGCUAGAAGCAGUUGAACUAAAGCGACAACAAGAGAAUUUCAUCGACAUGACAUCACAUGAAAUGAGGAACCCAUUGUCGGCAAUCAUCCAGUGUGCAGAUAUGAUUGGAAUUUCGGUUAAAGAAUUUGAUGGAGGAACUAAUGAUAUUGUUCUUCCACGAGAAGCAGUUCAUGGAUAUGCAGAUGCAGCUUCGACGAUUGUCCUUUGUGCUCAACAUCAGAAAAGAAUCAUUGAUGAUAUUCUGACUUUGAGUAAAUUGGAUUCAGAUUUGUUAUUCGUCACUCCGACUGAAGUACAACCAUUACUUAUCAUCAAAAAUGCACUGAAGAUAUUCGAUGGAGAAUUACAAAAAGGUGACGUCGCUCUAAGGUUUCAUGUAUCUCCCACGUUUGAAGAACUCAGUAUCGACUGGAUCAAAUUGGAUCCUAGUAGAUUAGUACAAGUUCUUAUCAACCUCGUCACAAAUGCCAUAAAAUUUACACAAACUCAAGCAAAACGAAAUAUCGCUAUCACUGUGAGCGCAGCGCUCGAACCUCCUAGCACGCCAGGUCUUGUCUACCUUUCAAGAACCAAUACUCACAAAGAUAACACAGCAGAUAGUGAAUGGGGAAAUGGAGAAGUUGUUUAUCUACAUAUCGAAGUUAAAGAUAGUGGCCGCGGUCUAGAUGAAACUGAAUGCAAUCUUUUGUUUAAGAGAUUUUCCCAAGCUUCACCACGAACACAUGUUCAAUAUGGUGGAUCGGGUCUCGGUCUGUUUAUUUCUCGAGAACUUACAGAGCUUCAAGGUGGUCAAAUAGGAGUUGCCUCAAAAGCUGGAGUGGGAAGUACAUUUGCAUUUUACAUUCGCGCUCGACGUUGCGAACCACCUGAUGAUAAGGAUUCAUUUGUUCCUCAAAUGGAUGCUCAAGCGCAAAAUAAUAUCAUCACAAACAAUUCUCUCGCUCGAGUUAAAGGACCAACUCGUCAGAGUUUAAAAAGUCGUCGUUCUCAAAGUCCAGCUUCACCAACCCCAAAACAUAUCCUUAUUGUGGAAGAUAAUAUCGUUAAUCAAAAAGUUUUAAGCAAACAACUCCGUGGCGCAGGUUGUACUGUGAGCGUGGCAAAUCAUGGAUUGGAAGCCCUCGAAUUCCUCGAAAAAUCAACAUUUUCCACCACAUUACCAGAAGGUGAUCCAGGAAUCCCAUGUAAUAUCCUAUUAAUGGAUCUUGAAAUGCCAAUCAUGGAUGGUCUUACAUGCGUACGAGAAAUACGCAAAUGGGAAAAAGAAGGAAAAGUUAAAGGACGCGUACCAGUUAUAGCUGUGACGGCUAAUGCGAGAAGUGAACAAAUUGCAAGAGCGAAAGAGGCUGGUAUGGAUAGUGUUGUUACGAAACCUUUUCGUAUAGGGGAAUUGGUUCCGGAGAUGGAGAGGUGGCUUGUGAGAGGUGUGGUUUUGGAUAAGAUUAGGGAGGAUUCGAAGGAGGAGAGGGCGGGGGUGGAGAGGAGAGAUAGUGCGCCGAUUUAA